AUGGCACAACUUUUUCUUGUUUGCCCACAGACCACUUCACAACGCACACUCACUGACCUACCAACCAUAGUGGCACUACAGAUUUGCGACUAUCUCGAUGCUGUGGAUUUGAUCAACCUGUGCACCGCCGUUCCAAAAUGGAAGGCGUUUCUCACAAGGCGCCGUUUUGCUCAUGUCAUGAAACAGCAUAUGAUGCAGUGGACGUGGUUCGACAAGCGUCUUUUUCAGCUACUCUUGCCACAUUCUUUCAACACCUGCGUAGAAAGUACUUGUGAAGCGAUUAUCUAUCGCAAUGCGCUAGUAAAAUGCUUCCAACUAUUCUGCGACGCGAUGGCUCAGCAGAAGCAGUAUCAAUCACAUGAAAAUCUUCGCUACACUGGGUUUUCAUUCUUAUCCUCCAACUAUGCUUCCAACCGCGUGGGCGACUAUUAUCACCAACCUUUAUGCAUUACAUGGACUAAAAAGUUCUCUUUCUCUGGACGUUUUUACAUUCCCAGCGACAGUGGAAAGCAGCAAUUCAUAACAUAUGCCAUUAAUCGGCAACAGUACUGCUUGCAAUGCACAGCAUACGUAAUAACGUCAAUAUCGGGGCAAAUAUUAGAUGUCAUUACUGAACUCAAAGCACACUCGCCAAACGAUAUGGUGAGCAUCAUAUUUGUAAUGAAUGAGGAGGAGAAUGUUUUCAGCCUGUGGGAUCGUCUACAGAUAUUCUCGUCUUUCUUCACUGUGCUGCCAGUAGAGUGGCGAAUAUGGUGCACAAGGCGUUGUGCUGGAGAGGAUUUUGACAAGUGGGAUGAAUAUGUUGACUGGACCUGUUACGACAUGAUCAGCAAAAGCAUAAAGAAUGGACAAGGUAAUAUGGAUCCAGAGACAAAGAGAGAGAACAACUAA